UUUAGGAUGUCAAUAUCAACAUUCAACGAUCUACUGACUCAAAUAUGAGUGAACAUAAACUACCAAAAUACAGGACUUAGAGACUGCAUUUGUACUGAAAAAAGGGUUGCGUUACGGACGGAACAAGGGGUAGCGGGGGAGGAUAGUCAGCCCCGACACCCGACAAAUAUGAACAGCGCCAUUCUUAAUCAUAGGCGAGCGAGAUCCGACACGAUUUUUUUCCGGGCGUAGAGGGCUGGCAAAACACCCGACACUUCUUGUCGGAGCCGACACAAAAUCGGUUUCCGAGAAUUGUGAAUAGUUUCAUAUAUAAUGCUCUGCCACUGGAACCUCCGAUUAAUAUACGGAUCCGACACCCGACAAGUGGGAACUAGCUCUAACUAUAUAAUGGAAUCUAAGAUAACUAAUUUAACCAUCUUUCAAGGAUCGUAAUUAAAAUUGGCAGCUGUAUGUAGUUCUGAUGAAAAUAUAAUAAAAUGGUACUUUCGAACUGACCUGAUGAUGAAGCCGGAAGAUAUGAACUGGAACUUCAUGAUGGAACAUCGUAUCAUAGCUGUUUUUGGAUUUCUUAAAAAUUUCUUUUAAUGAACUUUGACAGGAUAAAAGGAAAGAGCAAUAAACCUUAGAACUCAGUGAAAACGUGCCACAAAUAAAACAAACAACCAAGUACAGAAGCAUAAACAAUGAAGCUCUUAAAUUUUACGAAGGAAAAGUUACUCGAAUGUACGACAUCAUAGGUCAAGACAAACUUAUUAACGCGACCCGAAACUUUGGAGUUCAUUAUUCCCAGCGAUAUAAAUAGAACCGAGUGUGAGAGAUAGUGGACUACCGAGUAAAUUUAGAAUUUUCAGAGGGCUAAAAUCAUGUUGCCAUCCAAUAUAAGCGUGAAGAAGGGGCUAGUGAAUGGGAGUAUCGGAUUCAUCUCAGACAUCGUCUGGCCGCACCUUAGACGCGACCAAAUGUAUGAAACCGGCAUACCGUCCAUCAAAGUUAAUUUCGGAAACGACGGCGAGCACCUAAUUCAGCCCAUAGACAUCCAGUUCCUGGCGAAGUAUAGCUUUGGUACGGUGGAAAGGCGCAUGCUUCCGGUGAUUUUAAGUUGGGCAUAUACCGUGCACAAGAUGCAAGGCUGUACGAUAGACCACGCAGUGGUGUAGUUAGGGUCCUGUACUUUUGCGGCUAAACAGGCGUAUGUGGCCCUAAGUAGAGUAAAAUCACUUAGUGGUCACCAGAUUGAAGAGCUAGAUUGAUCUAAACUGACAGGUAAAACAGCAUGCAAUACUGGCACUGGAGGAGUUGGAGAGGAUGCGAGC